AUGUCUGGUAUCGAUGACAAGCCAUUGGAACUGCUGACGCAGUCUGGAUCCAUAUCCGCCGGUCGUGGGAAAAGAGACUCGUACCAGGAAGGCUAUGUGUCCGAAACCACCACGCGUGAUAUCACCGCCCUCGAAAUCGCAUCGAUAGGCUGGAGCAUUUGCAACAGCUGGGUGGGCGUUCUGUCAACACUCGCGUUCAACGUCGCAAAUGGCGGGUCGCCGGGUCUUCUCUAUGGCCUCUGGUUCGUCUUCAUCAUGUACGGCUUUGUGGUGUAUACGUUGGCGGAGUUAGCCCGUGUUUAUCCUUCAGCGGGCGGUCAGUACCAUUGGACGGCGGUUGUGGCCCCGAAGUGGUGCGCUCGUGCUACGAGCUACGCAUGCGGUAUGAUCAACAUAUUUGCCUGGGGGGCGCUUUCUGCCGGCGUGGCCAUCAUCCUUCCGCAACAAUUACUGGCUCUUGUUAUCACCUACAACCCUUCCUACGAGGUCGAGCGGUGGCAUGUGUUCCUGAUCUACCAGUCUGUAUGUGUGAUGUGCCUGCUGCACAACAUUUUCAGCCUCCGACGGACUAUGUGGCUGUUCGAAGUCAUUUUUGCGUUAUCGCUCGCUGCUUUCAUAGCCGCCACAGUCACUUCUCUAGCACGAGCCCCUCAUUUCCAAUCGAGUAAAGCCGUUUGGGUUACAUUCGUUGACUUGAGCGGUUGGGACAACAAAGGACUGGUAUUUUUUAUUGGGCUUCUUACUCCAGGUUACAUGUAUGCUGGAAUAGAUGGAGCCAUCCAUCUAGCAGAAGAAGCUCGUAAUGCUCGAACAGCCGUCCCCAAAGCUCUUGUGUCGAUCUGGGGCAUAGGAUUUCUGACAUCCUUCAUAGUAGCGGUUGCAUCCAUGUAUGCCGUCCAAGACUUCACGGCGGUUGCGACAACAAAGAGUGGCUUCCCUAUUUUCGAACUUUGGCGCCAAGCAAUGGAUUCCGAGGCUGCAGCAACUGCUUUCUUAGUCUUCACACAUGUAGCUGGAUACAUGGCCGUCUCAGGGUGCCAGCAGACCGCCUCGCGCCUGACUUGGUCAUUUGCCCGCGACUCUGGUUUGGUUGCCUCUUCGAAGAUCGCCCUCAUAGACGAACGAUGGCAGGUUCCCAUAUGGGCUCUCUGUGCAAAUGGAGUCAUGACAUUCCUUAUUGGAUGUGUCUACCUCGGGUCUUCAACAGCCUUCAACGCAUUUAUUGGUACAGGCCUCAUCCUUCAGCUUGUCACAUUCGCAUUUCCUGCAGCGCUAUUAUUAUUAACGGGUCGACCAAAACGCUUUUUACCGCCCAACCGUACCUUUGGGUUGCCGAUUGCUUUUGGCUGGGUCGCAAACGUCGUCACCGUUGCAUUUGCUCUUUUCUGCCUCGUCUUCUAUUGUUUCCCUCCGGCCAGACCAGUGACCGGGUCGAACAUGAAUUACGCGCCAGCUGUUCUUGCAGUGAUAGGCAUCUUUAUUGUUGCAAACUGGUUCUUGCAUGCAAGGAAACAUUAUCACGGACCACAGCUAGAAGAUCUGAUUGCAUUGUAAUUUGAAAAAGUGCUCCAGCCUCAUUCAUUCCAAACUAUAUCUAUAUUUUGAUUUUAG